AUGGAUAUAAUAGACACAGUUUUGCAUUCUUGUCGAGCGGAAAAGUACAUUGAUAAAUUCAAGGAACAUGGGGUUACAGAUAUGCAUACCUUAAAAGUAUUGUCCUAUGAAGAUUUGAAAAUUAUUUUGGGUGAUGAAGACGAGCUUAAUCAGAAAGUUUUGAACACAAUUAAUAAUCUGCAGUUACCAACAGAAAAGACUAUAAGUAGGGUUAUCGAUAAAGAAUAUGUUAGUCUGGUUUUAAGUCAAAUAAGCUUGCAAAUGCACAAGCAUUUUGCCAAUUUAGCUAUAGCAGCACGUAGGGAAGAUGUUGUAGUUUGUGAUAUAAAACUUAAACCCACAGUACUUUGUUUAAAUGAAUCUCUUAAAUCGUUAGAAAAAACAUUGAACAAAUUUGAUAAAAAUGUUGUUGGGAGGAGAAAGAAAAACAUGAUUAAAUAUGUUGUUCCAGUUAUAUUAGUUACCAGUUUAUUAAUUUUCGCAUGUAAAAAAUUUAUCAAAUUAUAA